CUCUUUAUUGUGUCGUGCUUGUUCAAAAUCGAACCGAAUCAGAUUACUACAUUGUAAGUGUGGUAACUAUUUAGCUAUUUCACCAUUUACUGAAGUAUAAAGGCUAAAUAGUCGGGAUUUUACAUGGUGGUUGUUUAUUGAGAUGAUUCCUCCUGUGGCGAUCGGACAUGGAUAGUCUCCACGUGGUAUCCAACAGCAGUAAACACUCCAGUCGUAGCCCGUCCCCCUGUAGACCUCCUAGCAAACCUCAUGCAGGACCGCAUCUAGUGGACGGGGGGAUGAGCCGGUGUAAGUCCCCGGUGACCCGGCAUGAACGUGGCGGGUCCAACGAUGCCGUCAUGAUCCGGCCGGACACUUCGUCCAAUCACGGAUCGGACGAGCCUCCCCCCAACGACCAAGAUGUGGAAUUCUACCUGCAGUCAGCCUCGUUCAUUUCCAACGGCUCCAACGAGUUGACAGAGGACUACGAUGGGGAUGACAAGACGAGGGCAGCCAUUGAACAGAUUCACUGCAAGAUCUCCAAGACCAAGGAUCAGAUCAGAGGAGAACAGACGGCCAGGGAUGAUAAUGUUGACGAGUAUCUGAAGCUUGCCUCCAACGCGGGAAAAGAACAACUUCCUCGGAUAAAAGCGGUGUUUGAGAAGAAGAAUCAAAAGUCUGCUCAAACCAUCUCACAGCUGCAAAAGAAACUUGAAAGCUACAGUAAGAAGUUACGAGAGCUUGAACAACAUGGGGCUCACGGACACCACCAUCACCGGCAGCCUCGAGAAAUGUUACGAGACAUGGGACAGGGCCUCAAACAUGUCGGCGGAAAUAUACGGGAUGGAAUCUCUGGGUUUUCUGGGUCAGUGAUGUCGAAACCCAGAGAAUUCGCUCAUCUGAUAAGGAACAAGUUUGGAAGUGCAGACAACAUCAACUCUAUGUCGACUUGGUUUGUGCCAGGAAACGGGGAGACAGAUGGCGAGGAGGGGGGGGAGAGGGAAAGAGGGCAUCAUGGCAGCGCGACCCUGCCCGGCAACUGCAGCCUGGGGUCGACACACAGCGCGACCGGCCUCAAGUUCCAGAGCGAGGACGGCAGCGAGUGCAGCAGCGUUACUAGUGAGAGUGUGCCUGGCGCUCACACGACGUCGCCCCACUCUAUGUCCAACCCUGCCUCGAACAACCCGACCCAGGACAUACUGCUGGCUGAGGUGAGGCGCAACAAACAGGAGAUCGAGCGGCUAAAGGACAAGAUGGAAGCUUUUAAGCAGGCUGUACACAAGGAGGUGACGUACCUGAACAGCGCCCUGGCCGAGGAGAGGUUCCGGAGCGAGAGACUGGAGGAACAGGUCAACGACCUCACAGAACUGCACCAGAACGAAGUGGAGAACCUUAAGACUGCCAUCUCCGACAUGGAGGAAAAGGUCCAAUACCAGAGCGAGGAGAGGUUGAGGGACAUUCAUGAAAUGCUGGAGUGUUGCCAAACAAAGAUCUCCAAGAUGGAACAUCAGCAAGCCCAGCACCAGCAAUAUCUUACUCUGGAGGGACUGGACAACUCUAGUGCACGAGCUCUGGUAGUCAAGUGUAUAAAUGUGUUGCUUACCGUGCUACAAGUGAUCCUAUUGCUGGUAGCUACAGCUGCUGGUAUCCUGAUGCCCUUUCUUCGUACUAGGUUAAGGUGUUUGACGACGGUGGGUUUGCUAGUUGUGGCUGUAGUGGUGAUGAAACAGUGGCCUGAACUCAUGGACAUUACCAAAUUGGUUGUUGCAGCCAGGUUGACCGUGAGUGAACACUGGACGUCGUCCACUCCCUGGGUCUCGUAGCCUCAACACCAGUCCUCGGUGCAGACUGACUUUGCAAUUUGACAUUACUAAUCGUACUGUGUUCUUUUUAGAAUAAAAAUCGGCUAAUGAAAAAAAUUUUUAAUCGAUUGUUACGUAGGUAAUUUGUUCCAAAUUUCUUUUUAAAAGUAAAGUGUUUUACAUAAUGAAUGUUUUAUGUAAAUACAAAUUUGUGAGUUGUAGAGUUGUAUAUCGCAGAUAGGUUUCAGCUGCAUCUUUGGUUUACAAGGUCGUGGGGAUUCCAGUAGCUACGAGACGUCGCACAGUUUUUGUGAUGGCCCUUGGCAUAGACUGAUCGUUUUGUCUGUUUUGUAUAUUUUAUUACUGUAAUCAAUUAAGAAGCAAUGUGAUACACCGUUUGUAUAGUAGAUCCAACUGCUCUCUAAGUAUUGUCAAUUAAAGACAGAAUGUACUUAACAGCUAA